GAGAAACCGGCGUUGGCGGCGUGCUUCACACCAGCGGCUGGUCGGACGAUGCCGGUUAUUUUAGGUGCCGGCGUGUACGGUCGACCCCGUGACUUGAACUUACCAGGUAAUGUAGCGGCACUGUACGCGCUGGGACAUUACUAGCAGUGUGCUGUGCAGGUUCUCUAGAUGCGUGCGGUACGGGAAAAAAGUGUGAAAUUAAAACGCAUGGUCACGUUGACUGCUGCUGCAGCAAGCGGCAAAAGUGUGUAUGCGUUGCUCCCCCGUGUGUUUGUGUGGCUGAUGCGUACGGGAGAUGGACGUUCGUACGUUAGGUGCGAGAGGGAGAAAGCACAUGGCAAUGCAGAUGACACGCACACACGUACACACACACAGUCGCUACGUAACACAUGCACGACACAUACACGCACACAUGUACGGGUUGGGAUGAGAAAGAAUUCCCAACUCGCAAUUUCGAUGAGAUGAGUUGAGAAUGAUGGCUUUCAUUUCUCACUAUGAAGUCGUUGAUUUCGAACAAUUAGUGGCAAAUUAAGCUAUUGAACGGGGUAAAGAAUCCGACAGAUUUUAUUUAAAUUGUAUAGUUUUUACAAUUUAUGAUUCUUUAGGCUGUGUCCGCGGCAAAUUGAGUUGUAUUUGUAUUUGAGUUGUAUAGAAUUGCGCGUUAAAUCAAUAUAAUUUGGGCCCCGACGAAGCAGUUGCUACUUUCAUUGAUGAAUCGAUCUCCACCCAGCACGUGGUCCAUUAAAAUGGUUUGAAUGUACAUUCGAUUAAUUUCGAUCGAUGAGAACAGAGGAAGAAUAAGUAACAGAUUAUUUCCAAGAAGUAAAAAAUUGAGGACAUUUCAUAAUUUUCUCAACUGGAAAAGGCUAAAGAAAUGAAGCCACGUCUUUUAAUUUAAUUAUUACACUGACGUGAAUUUUAGAUUUGAAGCAUGAGGUGCGCCACGACGCAAAUGUUAUUACGCCUUUUUAUGUUAAAAAUUGAAGAAUAUAGUGUAAAAACUAUUGUAAUUUACCUAAGCACAUAGUUAUGACCGUUCCGAUAAAAUAGAGAAAAAAAACAAGAUACAGUUUAAUGUACAGUUCAAGUUUCUUUCUAUCUAAAAGAUAAGAGCCUUUCUAUUUAAAAAAAAAAUAACAGUUUACCUUGUACAUCUUGAAAAGAUAUUAUAUAUGAUAAUGACUUCAACUGAGACAAAAAUAAAUUAAAAAAAAACAUCAAAACUCACUCACUCGAUCAAGUGCGAAUUACCGAGCGUGAACUGUUUUAAUUCAAUUUCGCAGAAUAGGUUUGAUCCCAAGCAUCGUGAAAUUAAACGUAAAAGAGUGAUGCGUGAAAUUAAACGUGAAACAAGACCUUCAGUUAUGGGUUAUGAUGUGCUUUUGGGAAGACCAGCGAAUAAAAAUAAAAGGAUGGAAAGACUUGAUGAUCGUAAAAAACGUGGGAAACUAUCUGUAGUGAGAAGAAUGUGCAUAGUGAGCAGAGUCAGAAAUCUGCUCACGUGCCACAGUAGCGAUGAGGCUCACCAGUGAGAAAUAGAGCUAGGGAACGAAUGAGAGAGAGCCAUUAAACCAUUUCAACCAUAAACAACAUUGACCAGAGUCAGCAUCGUAGAAUUGGUUCCCAAGUAGUUUCUAGUUUUUGCUGCAUGGUGAAGGCCUUUGUUGAUGUUGCCGACCAACCCACCGGUGGGCUGCCUUAAAACGUGCAAUUUUACACCAGUGCAUCAACGUGGUACGAUCCGUAAUUGCACCCAGCAGUAGUACUGACCCAACGAUCAUUGUGUCGGCGUGGUGGAGACGAUGCGCGCCAUACCGAAAUGGGUUGAGAAGAUCCACGAUUCGAGCGACAAAAGUGACGUCGCUAGCAUCCACUCGCUAUGCUACCAUCCGGAGGGUCUGCAGUUGGUGGUGGCCGCCGGCGACAAGGUGCUCGUGUACGAUCCGAUCGACGGCAAUCUGAUCAACUCGCUCAAGGGCCACAAGGACACGGUGUACUGUGUGGCGUACGCGCGCGACGGCAAAAAGUUUGCGUCGGGCAGUGCGGACAAAACCGUCAUCAUCUGGACGCAGAAGCUGGAAGGGCUGCUGAAGUAUUCCCACAACGAUUCGAUUCAAUGUUUAGCGUUCAACCCAAUCUCGCACCAGCUGGCCUCGUGUGCGGUGUCGGAUUUUUCCUUCUGGUCGUCCGAGCAGAAAGCGGUCCAGAAGUACAAGUCGGUCGCGCGCAUCAACGCGUGCGCCUGGACGAACGAUGGGCAGUACAUUGCGCUCGGGCUGGCAAACGGUACGAUCUCGAUACGCAACAAGGCCGGCGAGGAGAAGAUCAAGAUCGAGCGGCCGGGCGGCCCGAACAGCCCCAUCUUUGGGCUGGCCUGGAACCCGCCCGCAACGUCCGGCUCGUCCGACAUACUGUGCGUGAUCGAUUGGGCCCAGACGCUGUCGUUCUACUCGCUCGGCGGGCAGAUGAUUGGGAAGGAGCGAAACUUUGCGUUUGAUCCGCUGUGCCUGACGUUUUUCCCGAACGGCGAGUUUCUGAUCGUGGCCGGCUGCAACAAGGCGCUGCAGCUGUUUACGAGGGAUGGCAUCCGGUUGGGGCUGCUGGGCGAGCAGCACGAAUCGUGGAUCUGGAGCGCGGCCGUACAUCCGGCAGGAAACUGUGUGGUCGUCGGCUGUCAGGACGGGACGCUCGGCUGCUACACGCUCGCGUUCAACACCGUGCACGCGCUGUACCGCGAGCGGUACGCGUUCCGGGAGAACAUGUGCGACGUGAUCAUACAGCAUCUCGUGUCCGGCCAGAAGGUGCGCAUCAAGUGCCGCGAUCUGGUGCACAAGAUCGCCAUCUACCGGAACCGGCUGGCGGUGCAGCUGCCCGAGCGGGUCGUACUGUACGAGCUGAGCUCGGCCGAAAACCAGCCGAUGCACUACAAGGUGAAGGAAAAGAUUGCGAAAAAGUUUGACUGCAGUCUGCUGGUCGUGUGCGCGCAGCAUUUGGUGCUGUGCCAGGAGAAGAAGCUGCAAAGCCUCGAUUUUAACGGGGUGCUGCAGCGCGAAUGGAUGAUGGAUAGCUUCAUACGCUACAUUAAGGUUACCGGUGGGCCGGCUGGGCGCGAGGGCUUGCUGUUGGGGCUGAAGAGUGGCCAGGUUUGGCGCAUCUUUCUCGACAACUCACUGCCGAUACUGGUCACGACGGUGCUUUCGUCGGUGCGCUGUUUGGAUUUGAAUGCAUCGCGCACCAAGCUGGCCGUGGUGGACGAUGCGGGACGGUUGGUGGUGCGUGAUCUGAUCGCCGACACGAUGCUGUACCAGGACACAAGCGUUAAUUCGGUCGCGUGGAACACGCAUCUCGAGUCGAUGCUGUGCUAUUCCCACACAACUGGUGGGCUGAGCGUGCGGGUCGGUUCGUUGCCACCGCGCAGCCCUCAGACGAUGCUGGGCGUGGUGGUGGGUUUGUGUGGUGCGACCGCCUUCUGUCUGCGGGGCAACGUAAUGAGCAAUGUACCGCUUGCGCUCGGCGCUACGAUGUGGCAGUUCGUCGAGGCGGGUUUGUUUGAGGACGCUUAUCAAGUGGCCUGUCUGGGUGUGCCGAUGUCCGAUUGGGAAGGACUCGCCCAAGCCGCCCUGGAUGCGCUCAACUAUCAGGUGGCGCGCGAUGCUUACGUGAAGGUUCGCAACCUGCCCUGGCUCGAGCUGAUCGGCGACUUGAAGGAGCGUCAAAAACGCGGCGAAACGUCCAAAGAGGUCCUGCUGGCGGAUACGUACGCGUUCGCCGGGAAGUACAAGGAGGCGUCCCGGCUGUACCAGAAAUCGGGCAACAACAGCAAAGCCCUCGCAAUGUACAGCGAUCUGCGUAUGUUCGAUCUUGCGCAAGAGUUCCUCAAGGAGGGCAGUGCCGCCGAUCGGAAGGAAUUGAUCCGGCGGCGGGCAGAAUGGGCCUGCUCGGUGCACGAGCCGCGGGCCGCCGCCGAGCUACUGCUGUCGGCCGGCGAACCGGAACGGGCGAUCGAAAUCGUGGCCGAGCAGGGAUGGGCCGAUGUGCUGCUCGACAUUGGCAGGCGGCUGGCAGCGUCGGAAAGGGUGCCGCUGGAGCUGAUCGCUAGCCACCUGCGGCGGCUGAAAGCGCUCCCGCUGGCGGCGGAAAUCUAUCGCAAGCUGGGCGAGGAGGAGCAGGUGGUGCAGCUGCACGUGGAGGCGCGCGACUGGCCGGAAGCGUUCCGUUUGGCGGAGCAUUUGCCAAAGGUGCUGCCGUCGAUUCACUUUCAGCACGCGCAGUGGCUGGCUGAGUCGGACCAGUUCAUAUCGGCCCACGAAGCGUACAUACUGGCGGGCAAGCCGCACGAAGCUACCAAGCUACUGCGGAAUCUGGUAGAAUGUGCCGUGUCGGAGGAACGGUACCUGGACGCGGGCUACUACACGUGGCUGAGAGCGAAGCAAGCGCUGAAGUUGCUGGAAGGCGACGAGGCGUCACUGGAUGGGAAUGAGGCCGGGGCGGGCGAGUAUCGCGCGCUGCUGAAGCUUUCGUCGAUCUAUUACGCUUACAAUACGAUCAACGCGUACCUAAAGGAACCGUUCACAAGCAGCCCACCGCUUACCCUGUUCAAUACGAGCCGGUUUGUGGUGAAUCAAAUCAACGGGGCGAUGCCGCCGAAGGGAAUCAGUUUGUUUGCCGUUUACUACACCCUCUCGAAGCAGGCGAAAGUGCUCGGCGCGAACAAGCUGCACCUGCAGAUCAACAACAAGCUGCAGUCGCUGAAGAUACCGGCCGGCAUACAGGAGCAGGUCGACAUUAGCUACAUCAGCAGCCGGGCCUGUCCGGGUGGAUUUAACGACCCGGAAGAGCUGCUGCCGAUGUGCUACAAGUGUUCGAACUAUAGCCCCCAUCUGCACGGCAAUCGGUGCCCCAACUGUCAGCAGGAGUACGUGUUUUCGUACGUUUCUUUCGAGAUUUUACCGCUGGCGGAGUUUGCACCGGAGGCGGGCAUUAGCGAGCUGGACGCGGAACGGUUGCUGUUGGCUCCACCGAAGAGCGCUGCGUACGAUCAGCAGGAUCAGUUCAUUCAGGAGGACAUUAUCGACACCUAUCCGUCAACGCUCGACCGUGAGGCGCUGCGUGCGAUCGACCCGCGUGAGGUGAUCAUCGUACGUGGGCCAGCUCCGUUAGCGACGCGAUACUAUCGCAACCUGCUGCCGGAGCUGCAAAUUACCGUCUGUUCGGAAUGCAAUCAAGUGUUUCACUCGGAAGAUUUUGAGCUCCAGUUUCUGCAGAAAGGCUACUGUCCAUUCUGUCGCUCGACGGACGAAACUCUGAUGAAUUGAAGGGCCAGUGUCUUAGCCGAAGGAAUGCCUUUGAAUUUGAUCUCAAAUAACCGAAUUCCGUCCAUUUCAAGCAUCAUAUGUAGUUUGUAGUUUUGUGUUAAAGUGUUCUGAAGAGUAUACUAAGUAAGGGUGAAAAUACUCAAACAUGUGUGAACAUUGAUCGAAACAUUUCAUUCCUUUAGAUUAAUAAUUUAUUGCUAUUUCUAUUUUUAAUUUUAUACAACUAAAUGGCAAUUGACAGUACCUUUUACUUUCCUAUUGCACCAAAUAAGUGUUAAAAAGUAGACUCAAUUGGAAAAUUCCGUGAAUAAAAACUAGAAGAUGUUUUUAUCUAGAUGUUAAUA